AGGGAUCACCACUGUGCUCACCAUGACCACCAUCAACACCCAUCUGAGAGAGACGCUCCCCAAGAUCCCCUACGUCAAGGCCAUCGACAUGUACCUGAUGGGCUGCUUCGUAAUGGUCUUCCUGGCCCUGUUGGAGUACGCCUUCGUCAACUACAUCUUCUUCGGCCGAGGACCACAGAUGCAGAAGAAGCUGGCAGAGAAAGCCGAGAGGGCCAACAACGAGAGGGCAGCCAAAUACGACACCAAUAGGGUAAGUCUUCAUGAAGAUCUCUGUCGAGACGCUCUAACUUCUUCAAAGUUUCUUGGGUUUCAGGUUAAGAAGUUAUCGGGCGUUAUAUUUGCAGUCCGCACACUCAUACGACGGCAGAUCAGAAACUCUAUAAAUAUGGUGUUGUGUUUCUUGUGGUUAGUCUCCUCAGGAAGGAGGUAAAACGUCAUCUCUUAAGCUGACUAAGCAGCCUAAUAGAGCAAAAACACUCCGUGUCUCACAGUCGGUGAGUCUUGACCAGCGGACACGUCUUUUUUUCACUAUCUGUCUGACUUGUAGACUUGUAGUCACCAUUGACUGACAUUACAUGUUUGUUUUUUUCAUGUCCGCAUGAGAACUUAGUGAGCAGUCUGUACGUGUUGCUUGUUACCCAAGUUGUCAUCGUCCUUUGUUCAACUUCUGGUUUGACAUUUGCACGUCCAAUGCAAGUAUGCAAGCCCACCAAUGUCUGUGUUCCAUAGUGGUGCUACAAAACAGAUAUUGUGCUGUGUAAUCCAUUCAAACGUUCAUUCAAAGUGCCUUGUUCUCAUUCCUGCAUAGUCUCGUAUCUUGAUUCUCCAAUGUAUGUCAUUGGUCUAAAUGGGUCUAUAAUGGACAUAGUUCCGGUUCUCAUCUCACCCAUGAACCUGUCCAGAGCAGGACCAUCAUGUUGUUGUAGCUCCAGAUCAUACGUCAAUCCUCUACUUCUAUCUCCAGGCGGAGUCCCACGGUAACAUCCUGCUGACCACCCUGGAGAUCCACAACGAGGUGGCAGGAAAUGAGGUCACCACCAGCCUGGCGGACAGCAGGAACUCCUCCGUCCUGGGAUUUGACAACACCAGCACAGGUACCGGCGUCCAGUGCAGGAAGGCGAGUCGGGCCUCGGGUCCUCGCCACAGCCUCGACAGGCACGCCCAGCUCAAGAGGCACAAACUGCGGCGGCGCUCGUCGCAGCUCAAAAUCAAAAUCCCUGAUUUGACGGACGUAAACGCCAUCGACAGGUGGUCGCGGAUUAUCUUCCCCUCUGUUUUCUCCCUCUUCAAUUUAAUCUACUGGAUGUACUAUGUCAACUGA